GGCUAUGGCAACCGCGCGAAGCCAAACUUGCUCGGCUCUCUCUACUUGCCGAGGAGUCCCAGAACGCGGCCCGGCUGCACGCGGCGUUCAUGGCGCUCUACGAGCUUUUUUCUCACCCCGCCGAGCGCCGGUACCGCGCGGGGCUCUGCUCCAAGGCCGCCCUGUUCCUGCUACUGGCCGCAGUGCUCACGUACAUCCCGCCGCUGCUGGUGGCCUUCCGGAGCCACGGGUUUUGGCUAAAGCGCAGCAGCUACGAGGAGCAGCCGACCGUGCGCUUCCAGCACCAGGUGCUGCUGGUGGCCUUACUGGGACCCGAGCACGGCGGGUUCCUCGCCUGGAGCACGUUCCCUGCCUUCAACCGGCUGCAGGGGGAUCACCUGCGCGUCCCGCUUGUUUCGACUAGAGAAGAAGACAGGAACCAGGACGGGAAAAUGGAUGUGUUACAUUUUAAACUGGAGCUUCCCCUGCAGUCCACGGAGCAUGUUCUCGGCGUGCAGCUCCUCUUGACUUUCUCCUACCAAUUACACAGGAUGUCGACAUUCGUGAUGCAGAGCAUGGCAUUUCUCCAGUCCUCCUUUGCUGUUCCGGGGUCCCAGUUGUAUGUGAAUGGAGACCUGAGGCUACAGCAGAAGCAGCCCCUAAGCCACCGUGGCCUGGACGUCCGAUAUAAUGUGUCUGUGAUCAACGGGACCAGCCCCUUUGCCCACGACUACGACCUUACCCACAUCGUUGCUGCCUACCAGGAAAGGAACGUAACAACGGUCCUGACUGACCCCAACCCCAUCUGGCUGGUGGGAAGAGCUGCUGAAGCUCCCUUUGUGAUUAAUGCUGUCAUCCGAUACCCGGUGGAAGUCAUUUCCUACCAACCAGGAUUCUGGGAGAUGAUAAAGUUUGCCUGGGUCCAGUACGUCUGUAUCCUGCUUAUCUUUCUCUGGGUGUUUGAAAGAAUCAAAAUAUUCGUGUUUCAAAACCAAGUGGUGACCACAAUUCCUGUAACAGCAACACUCCAGGGGGAAUGGUACAAGGAGCACUUGUCAUGAGACCAUCUCUGGAAACUCGAGCGGGACCUUGGCUACCUCACUGUCUUCUGAGAACUGCCAUCUUAUGACAUUUCUGAAAAGAGCCCAGUGGACACUGGCGGACUUGUGUGCUUUCCCCCUCGGAGACAAAGAACAAUUCUUUGCAAUUUUUCUCUACAUAGAUUCCAUACCUUUGAAGCACCUGUAAAAUCAUCAGGGACUAGUUGGUGGGAAGGUCUGAAGAUUCCUAGAGGCUACUCGCUUUUUUUUUUUUUUUUUUUUCCUUUUCCCUUUAGGCCCAAAUUUUAGGAGAAAACUCCAGUCAGUUCAGACGUCUUGGAAAGAGUCCCAUCUCUGGAUAAGGAAAGACUUUUCCUCUCUUGAACUAAGAAACACGCUAUGCAUUUCUUGCCCCUAUUGUAAACACUUUUUACUCUUUUUGGGGCUCUCUUGAUAAAUAUGCAAACCACUAGCACUUUCCACUCCUGGGCAUCUAAAUUUUCCAUUCAGAGCUUUGAUUUCCAGGACUGAGAGGCCUUUAACUGGAGAGUGUGUGUGAGAGAGAGAGAGUGCAAGCACAUGCAUGUGCUUGAGGAGGGCGAUUUGAGGACAGUAGGACCGUCCACCUGCCUUCAGUCUAGCAGACACCCGGUGACUGAGCCCAGCUGAGCAGCCCCUUAUCCCUGCCCUCCUGCGGCUGGCUCUUUGCUCCGCCUUUGCCUUCUGUCUGUGCCCCUGGAAUAGCAAGCUGAAGUCAGAAGUACUGUUUCAUUCACAAUCGCCUCGGCCACAGUGGGGGAAGUGAGGAUUGUAACAACAGGUUCUUUCUCUCUGGCCCUCACCCAGCAGCUUGGAAAAUCGCCACUUCUCUUCCUCAGCAGCCCUCCCUUUCCUGAGAAGGACGCGGUGACAGAGGAGCUGUUGUUGGCGUUGGCUCCUGCUGCCUGACAACCACAGAGUUUAUUUGGAGGGUAGCGGGAAGCCCAGCUACUUACAUUUCUCUUGACUGAGGAACAGGGUGCCCAUCAGAGUGAGCAGCCUUGGGGAGGAUGCACAAGGAGCAGGGAAGGAGUAAAGAGGAUGCCAGCCCAGGCACCCAGUCCAACCUGGCUACGAGCAGAAUGACCAGCAGUGCAGCCAGAUGAGCCAUGUGGCUCAGUGUCUCGAGAAGAGCCCCCUAGAAUGGUUCUCUGCUGCACACCAAAGACUGAUUAUUCAGCCCCACUCUCAUCCUGUGGAAAUGUGCAGUGUGCUCAAAGGACAAAUGGACCUGUUUUAUGAUUGCGAGCAUGUCACUGGCUCUGUGAUCCAGGCUUCACUGCCCACUCACAAACACACUCCUCAGUGCAUGCCUCAGUUUACCUGGGAGACGCAGUUAUUUCCAAAAUACCUCUUUCAGGCUGACCAAAACAAGAGUUUGAGAAACAAAGCUAUUUUGAAGUAUUCAAGCACAAAAAUUCCCUAACACUGACUUCUCCACCUUCUCUUUUAAUAGUGAGGGCUGUUUAUAUGCCUCAAAAAUUUUCUUAAGAUUUAAAUGAAAAAUGGUUUCUGGUUUAAAUCCCAAAAAGAUAAGAGAUAUGGAAAGAUGACUGAAGAUAUAUAUAUAUAUAUAUAUAUAUGCACACAUACACACAUACACAUUGCUUUGCAUUUUAUUAAAUUAUUUUAGUGCAAAUUUUGUAUAAAGAACCCAUAAUGUUUUGUAACUUUCUAAUUAAAAUGUUCAAAAUGGAAGGUUGCAUAUGGAUUUGGGAAGGCAAAGGAGGUUGGAGGGUGGGGGAGGAUGGGGAGGGCAGAGGUUACCACACUUCUCCGAGUUACUCACCAGCAGCUUUACUUUGCCAAGGCACUGCCCAGAGACCUUGGUUUUGUUAGCUCUCUGGCAAAAAUCCUCUGGUCCAACCCCAAAUAAGUACAAGUUUUUGGUGGAAUCCACAUGGCUUGUGGAAGCCACAGGCUGGAAAAUUCCAACUGUGUCUGGCGAAUGUCAAAUUAUUUACGGAUCAGAUGUUGGUAGUUUCUGAACCUGAAUCACACACUGCAGUUGUAAGAGGAAAAAGGUGGGAAGUAUACAGGAUUUUACCAACUGAGCUGGAACCCAUAGCUCUGUCAGGGUUUGAGACAAUUUUCAAUAGUUUAGUGGCAGUAGAUCCCUGAUUUUGCCAAAUGAUUGGCCCAGUUUCUGUCUGAAUCAAGUGAGAAGUGGCCUAAAAUUGCUGCUUUGUUGGUGAGGUCCCUACAACCCCUCUAUGUCUCCUUAUCUAAGGUUAAUAAAGCAAUUCUCUAUCAUC